UCCUCCGUGCGCCCGCGCGCGCGGGGCCGCCGAGGCGAAAGCAGCCGCCGCUUCGCGGCCUGUGGCCCGCCGGAGCCGCGGGGGCGGCGGAAGCUCCGUGGCGGUUCCCUCCAGCCUGCCGGGGCUGUCGCGCUGCCUCCAGCCGCUGACGAGCCGCGGGGAGAGGCUACCCCUUCCUCCCCUCCCUCCCUGCCUCUUUCCUCCCUCCGCCGCACGCUCGAGCUGCUGCGGACGGGGGUGCCCCUUUCGCCUGCUUCCUGCCUGGGGAAAUAAUGAAAAAAGUGUGCCACAGCUCUUGAUCAGAGACCUGAAAUUUGAGAAGUCAUUAACUAAGCUCAUGUUUUCUCCUGAUCAAGAAAAUCAUCCAUCAAAAGCACCAGUAAAAUAUGGUGAAUUGAUUGUAUUGGGGUACAAUGGGUCUCUCCCAAAUGGAGAUAGAGGAAGAAGAAAAAGUAGAUUUGCAUUAUUUAAAAGACCCAAGGCAAAUGGGGUGAAACCUAGCACUGUGCAUAUUGCCUGUACCCCUCAAGCAGCAAAGGCAAUAAGUAACAAGGACCAACACAGCAUAUCUUACACUUUGUCUCGGGCCCAGACAGUAGUAGUUGAAUAUACACAUGACAGCAACACAGAUAUGUUCCAGAUUGGUCGGUCAACAGAGAGUCCUAUAGACUUUGUUGUGACAGAUACAGUUCCUGGAAGUCAAAGUAAUUCCGAUACGCAGUCCGUGCAGAGCACUAUAUCAAGGUUUGCUUGCAGAAUCAUAUGUGAGCGGAACCCUCCCUUUACAGCAAGAAUAUAUGCUGCAGGAUUUGACUCCUCAAAAAACAUCUUUCUUGGGGAGAAAGCUGCAAAGUGGAAGACAUCAGAUGGGCAGAUGGAUGGACUAACCACAAAUGGAGUUCUUGUUAUGCAUCCCCGUAAUGGAUUUACUGAAGACUCCAAGCCAGGGGUGUGGAGAGAGAUAUCUGUGUGUGGGAAUGUGUUCAGCCUCCGUGAAACCAGAUCAGCUCAGCAGAGGGGUAAAAUGGUAGAGAACGAAACGAACCAACUCCAAGAUGGCUCUUUAAUUGACCUCUGUGGAGCAACCUUGCUGUGGCGCACUGCAGAAGGCCUGUCACGUACUCCUACUGUCAAACACCUGGAGGCACUAAGACAAGAAAUAAAUGCAGCAAGACCUCAGUGUCCUGUAGGAUUUAAUACUUUGGCAUUUCCUAGCAUGAAGAGAAAAGAUGUUGUAGAUGAGAAGCAACCAUGGGUGUAUCUGAACUGUGGCCAUGUUCACGGUUAUCACAACUGGGGAAACAAAGAAGAGAGAGACGGCAAGGAUCGAGAGUGUCCCAUGUGCCGCUCUGUUGGCCCCUAUGUGCCUCUGUGGCUUGGAUGUGAAGCAGGAUUUUAUGUGGAUGCAGGACCUCCAACUCAUGCAUUCAGCCCAUGCGGACAUGUAUGCUCAGAAAAGACAACUGCAUACUGGUCCCAAAUUCCUCUUCCUCAUGGUACUCACACGUUUCAUGCAGCCUGUCCAUUCUGUGCGCAUCAGCUGGCUGGUGAGCAAGGUUACAUCAGACUCAUUUUCCAAGGACCUCUUGACUAACACAUGUGUUAUCAAGGACUACAGUAAACUGAUAAGCUAAGCGAUUCUGAUUUUUAAACUGUCUUUCUUAUUCUCUGGGUUUUGUUGGUUUGCAGUAAGAUGAAGAAUUUUUGUUUUUGUUACAACAGCUAAAUCCCUCUCUAUCAAGAAAAGUUUGGAAAUGGAAGAAAUGGAAGGUGAAGGGGGAGAACUCUUGCUGCUUUAGUUAUUCACUGUUUCUGAAGAGGUGAAGAAAGUGUUCUUGAGUGAAAUUCAAUGCCUUCAGUUUAAUAGUUUUGAAUUAUAUGCCCAUGAUGUUUGAAAGUUGUUUCAUUCUUUUUGUAUAUGGAAGGUAAAUAAUUCAAAGAACAUUAGUUUACAGCUUGGAUGCAAACAUUGUAAAAUAUAACAUGUAUAUUAACUCUUUUCUAUUUAUCUUUAUUAUUGAAAAUAUCUAGAGCAUUUAGAGUAGCAUGGUCAUAGUGUGUUACAUUCAGCAAUUGGAUGUGUAGAGUAGUUCUGGAUGGAGAUGGAUAUGAGACAGAAAUGGUAGAAAAAUCUUUUUUAAUCUGAAAUACUGAGUUCUUAGAAUAGCUAAAAUGCUUUUUAAAGUUAAUGCAAGUUAUGUUGGCAUAAAGAUGUGCUUUAACCAUGUGAAAGGUAGCUAAGAAGGACUUCUUAAAAUGUCUUUUUGGUAGGACUGUAAGAUCUGGUUGUGAGAAAAUAUUUACCAGACUCUUAGAAUAUGCAACUUAGUCUAGAUUAAGGAUUUUUUCUCCCUUCAUGCUAACAUAUGUUUUCAUUUAACAUUAGUAACAUUUGUGAGGGGUUUUUCAUUCUUCAGCAUUGGCAAACCUGAAAGAUAAGGCUCCUUUUUUUUUUUCCUUGCUGUUUGGGGGGAGAGAAGGUGCAUGUGUAGGGAGCAGGGACCAGCUUGAGAAGCAGCCAGAAAGGGGACUUGUCUGUUGGGUGUUCUGCAUUUAGUGUGGCCCAUUGCAGCCUGGAAGGCUCGGGCACAUGGGUAACCGGCGUCAUACGCUCGCCUGUCUGCCUUAAGGAGCCAGGGACACAUACUCACUUAGGCCCCAGACAGAACCUGGUUGAAGCCUGGCACUUAAUGGGUGUUUGCCUGUGUCCUAGCAUCACCGUGUUACUUGGCACAACCAGCAGUCUGUUAGAGAAGAGCUUGAGCUGGGACCGAGUAGAACUUGUAGACCUUAGUUUGAGAAGCCUGCAUAAAGACCAUCCACGCUGUGGUGGGCUCUAGCAGGUCUUGCUCAGCACCACAGAAAUGUUCCCCUUUCUGUACCCUUCCUUUCCCUUCUGUAUCCACCAGAAAAGGCCAGUGCACUACAUCCAGCUUUGCUGUUAAGCCACCAUGCUUCAUGGCAAAUACACAACCUGAUCUUUCCAGGAUUGAGUUGAACAUUUUUUUAGCCCGCUUCAUACUUUUUUUCCAAAUAUGUACUGUAUAAUUGACAGUAGUAAAUUUCUGUACUUUAUAGCAUAACUUUAAUUUUUUUCAAAGCUGUUUUCUUGGUUUAGAGACCUGUGUUGCUUAGAUGUCAUGAAUUAUUUACUUUGACUCUCAAUUGUUUCUCCAUUAAAAAAAAUUAUAUAUAUUGUUUGGUUCACUCAGGAAAUGCAUGUGUCAGGAAACCUGUAUUAUAAGUUCAGUUAGCUGUCAUGUACAAGUAACUGCUGUUACUCCCUUUUCAUAGAAAUAUAACUGAUUUUGACAUUUUCCAUAUUAUAUGCAGUAAGUAAUGAAACUUAUGCAGCAAGAAACCCCUGUAUUGUAGUUGUUCUAAUCAUUUAAUUCAGACUCUAUUAUACUGUAGUUUAAUUUUUAUUUGCAAAUUAAUUUAU